AUGGAAGACAAGAAAAGGAGCACUCGAGGAACUGGCUUAGGCAGAAGCGUAAACGGAGCCAUAAAAUUCGUCUCCAAGGGUAAGAAGCUUAAUCACCAUGGGGGUGGUAAUGGGGAGUUGGCGUCGAAUAGGUUGAAUGUCAGCACGAGGAAAAACGUAAGCAACGGGGGGAGUGCUACCGUUAGUGCAACAGUUGGCGCCGCGGCUACAGGUGGAAGCCAGAGGAGAGACCACUCAGUAAACAAUGUUGAUAAGUUCGAACUGAAGUGCCGAGAAUAUCUAGACAGUGUUUUAAAGAUAGGCGAAUAUGUGACAUUGCCCAAGAGCAUCAACAAUGAGGAGGAGAAGAAGAGGUGGAAAAAGGCCCACUGCUUACGUAAUAAAAUGAAGCAAUACGAUCAUCUCACGAGAAGAAAAUUGUUCCAACGAAAAAGUGUUAGUAAUAAUGCAAAAUUCAACAGGGAGAGAUACAUUAUUCUAAAUAAAAUCCCCAGGUAUAGGGAAGCCUUUCCUUCUGUCAUGGACGACCCGUCAAACAAAAUCAAGGAGGACAUCAUUCGUACGUACCUCAAGACACACGCUGCUUACAUCCUAUCGGAAGGUCGAAACGGAAAUAGCCGCAAGUGUGGAAAUGGUUACAACGUGAGUUUUUUGAAGAAGGGGCCCAACAGCUAUCUUUGCAGAGCAGUGAACAAGGACAGGGGGGUGGAUUCCUGCUUCCCUUACUACUGUGGCUCACCAGCUGCGGGGCAACGUAGGUCAAGUAGCACAAGAAAUCAUCCGAAAAGUAAGAAGAAGGAUUUAUCAUACAAUUUGUGGAAAAAGAUCAUCCUCGAGGGAAUAAAAAAUGGUAGCAUUGACGUUGGAGGUUCUGGCGGUGUUGGCCGUGCUGGCCAUGUUGGUCGUGUGAGCAACGUUCAUGGAGUUCGCAGCGUGAGCGGGCGCGCUCCGAGCAAGUAUGAAAUUCUCAUCAACGGAUCCUACCACAAUUUACGGAACUCGACUGGCGGCGUGAAUGACUCAGGGAAAAUUACUCGAAAAAGUGUCCUCAGUGGAAGCAACGAAGCGAGUAGAAAAUUGUCAACAAGCACAAAUCACACCUCCAACAGAAUAGUCCUACACAACGAAAAAAGGGAAGAUGCAUAUGUAUUUAAACCGCCUAGAACGAACGUGAAAAUGUCCCCCCCAAGUGCGAAGGUUCUUAAAAGUUCCUCCACGUACAAUUCCCCUGUGGACUCGAAAGAGGAACGCACACAAGGUCGCGCACAAGGUCGCACACAACACAAGACAAUACUAAAUACCCACAGUCAACACUCAAAUGGGAAUUCCUUAUGUUCGGAUGAAUCGAUAAAUAGACUUAUGUACGACAAGUGCAAUGUGGAAAGUGAGAAGUUCUUUUAUAAAAAGGAUCGCUUUUCAUUACUGGGUCGGAUUAAGAAAAACAAGGAAAUCGAGGUAAGGCUCGUAUUGAAUAAGGUGUGA